CGCCAGAGUCCCGUCAGUCGGGCUGAGCAGGUGCCGCUCUGUCCCGCCCCCGGUCAUCUCGCCUCCUCUGUCCCGUCCUGCUUUGCGGCGCAGGGGCAAGAUGGCUGCUGAGAAGCAGGUCCCGGGUGGCGGUGGCGGCGGCGGCGGCGGCGGCGGCGGUGGUGGUGGUGGUGGCGGCGGCGGCGGGAGCGGUGGAGGACGAGGUGCCGGAGGAGAGGAGAAUAAAGAGAACGAGCGCCCUUCAGCCGGCUCGAAGGCGAACAAGGAGUUCGGGGAUAGCCUGAGCCUGGAGAUUCUUCAGAUCAUCAAGGAAUCCCAGCAGCAGCAUGGCUUACGGCAUGGCGAUUUCCAGCGGUACAGGGGCUACUGUUCCCGAAGACAAAGACGUCUCCGGAAAACACUCAACUUUAAGAUGGGGAACAGACACAAAUUCACAGGGAAAAAAGUAACUGAAGAGCUUCUGACUGAUAACAGAUACUUGCUGUUGGUUCUGAUGGAUGCGGAGAGAGCUUGGAGCUAUGCCAUGCAGCUCAAACAGGAAGCCAACACUGAACCCAGAAAACGGUUUCACUUGCUAUCUCGUCUUCGAAAAGCCGUGAAGCAUGCUGAGGAACUGGAACGCUUGUGUGAGAGUAACCGUGUGGAUGCCAAGACCAAGCUAGAGGCGCAGGCGUACACAGCUUACCUCUCAGGAAUGUUGCGCUUUGAACAUCAGGAGUGGAAAGCUGCCAUCGAGGCUUUCAACAAGUGCAAAACUAUCUACGAGAAACUGGCCAGUGCAUUCACAGAGGAGCAGGCUGUGCUGUAUAACCAGCGCGUGGAAGAGAUCUCGCCCAACAUCCGCUACUGUGCAUAUAACAUUGGGGACCAGUCAGCUAUUAAUGAACUCAUGCAGAUGAGAUUGAGAUCUGGGGGCACAGAGGGUCUCCUUGCUGAAAAACUGGAGGCAUUGAUCACUCAGACCCGAGCCAAGCAGGCAGCGACCAUGAGUGAAGUGGAGUGGAGAGGAAGAACCGUUCCAGUGAAGAUCGACAAAGUGAGGAUCUUUCUAUUGGGACUGGCUGACAACGAAGCAGCUAUUGUCCAGGCUGAGAGUGAAGAAACAAAGGAGCGUCUGUUUGAGUCUGUGCUCAGUGAGUGCCGGGACGCCCUCCAGGCCGUUCGGGAAGAGCUCAAGCCCGAUCAGAAACAGAGAGAUUACACCCUGGAAGGAGAGUCAGGGAAGGUGUCCAAUCUCCAGUACCUGCACAGCUACCUGACCUACAUCAAGCUGUCGACAGCCAUCAAGAGGAAUGAGAACAUGGCUAAAGGCCUGCAUAAGGCUCUGCUGCAGCAGCAGCCAGAAGAUGACAGCAAGCGUUCCCCCAGGCCCCAGGACCUGAUCCGGCUCUAUGACAUCAUUCUGCAGAACCUGGUGGAAUUGCUGCAGCUUCCUGGCUUAGAAGAGGACAGAGCCUUCCAGAAAGAGAUAGGCCUCAAGACCCUUGUGUUCAAAGCUUACAGGUGUUUCUUCAUUGCUCAGUCUUACGUGCUGGUGAAGAAGUGGAGUGAAGCCCUUGUCCUAUAUGACAGAGUCCUGAAGUACGCCAGUGAAGCUAGUUCCGAUGGGGGAGCCUUCACGAACAGCCUGAAGGACCUACCUGAUGUGCAAGAACUCAUCACCCAAGUUCGGUCAGAGAAGUGCUCGCUGCAAGCUGCAGCCAUCCUGGAUACAAACGACUCCCAUCAAGCAGACACCUCCUCCCAAGUCAAGGACAAUAAGCCUCUGGUUGAACGGUUUGAGACCUUCUGUCUGGACCCUUCCCUCGUCACCAAGCAAGCCAACCUUGUGCACUUCCCACCAGGAUUCCAGCCCAUCCCUUGCAAGCCUUUGUUCUUUGACCUGGCCCUCAACCACGUGGCCUUCCCUCCCCUUGAGGACAAGUUGGAACAGAAGACCAAGAGUGGCCUCACAGGGUACAUCAAGGGCAUCUUCGGAUUCAGGAGCUAACCAGGCUCUUCCUCGGGGGCAGGGGAGAUUCUGACUUACUCUGUAUUGUGAGACAGGCCCAGCACGUUUCAUGGCAUUAAAUCCAGGUCUGCAAUGGCCCUGGGGCAGAGCUCAGCACCCUCAGCCCUGGUCCCUACAUCUUGUGUGUUUGUGACUUACAUUCAUAACUUGUCUUCUGGGCCCUGAGUUGGGGUCUCUGUCUCCUGUACCUCCUGGGGUCUGCUGCUGUCCUGGCCCCUGUGAACUGUGGCUGAUUACCUCUGGUCAAUACAUGUUGAGGUUCCACCCCAGGCUUGAGGGGGUCUUGGAAUGUUUGUUAUGUCUCCUCAGCCCCAGGAUUUGCAAUGAACUCCUUGCUGUGAGCGUUCAGACUCCCUUGACGUUUGUCCAUGACGGAGAUGUUGGCAGUGUCACCCAGAGUUAUGGUCAGCCUCAUCCCCUUCACCUCCAAGAACGUUGAGUUUCAGAACAAGCAGAGAGCUCUAUUUUUAGAACUAUGUUACACUCGGUAAAUGAUGAAACCAAAUCUUAUAUUAAAAGGCAAAGAUGAUGGAGAUUGUGCCCAUUUUUUACAUGUCCUCCCUCACAUCCAGCCUAGUUCUCCCCAGGAACCUGGUUGAAUGAGUACGAGGGCAAGUGCAUCCUGCCUUCCUGGCAGCGAGGUGUGGUUGGUGCCAGGCAUGGAUGUGUUAGAGGCAUUGUUUUUAAAGGGCCCCCAAUCUGUGAGGUCAGAUGUUACCACGUUUGGAUCAACUUCCUUCCUUACCCUGUUGCUUUUUUCCUUAGACAUACUUUUUAAAAAUUUCUGUUACGGUAUCAGCAAUAGACAUCACAAAAGCAAUGUAAGAAUAAACAUGACAUCAAUUCUGA